AUGAGGUUUCUGUUCCUCAUUGCCACGCUCAUUCCUCUCAUAAAUGCGGACCGAAUCCUUGUGCUGGUCGAGUGUCUGAGUGCUAGAGAAACCCAUUCGACGUUCUUCCGCUCACUUCAAGAUCGUGGCCAUCACCUAGUUUUCCGUACUGCGGACGAUCCUUCACUCUCUUUGAUCAAAUUUGGUGAAAGAACUUAUGAUCAUCUGAUCAUUUUUGCGCCGUCUGUGGAAGAAUUCGGUGGAUCCAUUACUACUGAGGAGAUCACUCGGUUCGUUGAUGAAGGAGGUAAUCUGCUGGUAGCUGGAGGUCCUAACCUUGGCUAUGCCAUUCGCGAAUUGGCUUUGCAACAUGGUUUUGAGUUCGACGAAUCUGAUACUAUGGUCAUCGAUCACAACAGCUAUGACGUCCUUCUUGACGAUGGUCAUCAUACAACCAUUGUUGCCACUAAAGAACAACUUCUGGAUGCUCAACUUGUUGUUGGAGAAACUGCCAAAAUGAAUCCAGUUUUGUUCAAGGGUGCAGCCUUGAUUGCGCACAAGAAGAAUCGCCUGCGCCUCGAAGUGCUGCGGGCGGGGUCUACUGCAUAUUCCUAUAACCCUUCUGUGAAAGUGGAUGAGUAUCCCAACGCUCUUGGACAACAAAUACUGAUGAUUGGCGCAAUGCAGACAAGGAACAAUGCUCGUGUCGUUUUCACAGGAUCAAUGGAAAUGUUUUCUGAUGUUUUCCUCUCUGCGACAAUCUUUAAAGUUGGGAGUGCUGAUAAGUAA